AUGGGCCAUUGCGUGCAUGACCAAGAGAGCGGACUUACCAAGGGUCAUCUACAGGAAGACGCCUUAAACGGCAACGCACUUGACUUAAUGCUAGGAAUUGCGGCCAAUCACCCACCAGAAGCACGUUGGCCUCCUGGUCUAGCAAUGGAUCCACCAACGCAAACAGGAGGAAAACAAGCGCGUACCCAAUCCAGUCCCUACAACCCUACUGGACCCAGUCAAGAGGAGACUGGCAAAUCAUCCAAGGAGACCAGCGACGGAACCAACCCAGGCAGGGACAGUUGGACUGCAAGUCAACAAGCUGGCAAGGAAGGUAUUGCGGGCAAUUCUCUUGGUCAAGAACGUCAUAUCAACAGGGAGUGGGACAUCAUGGAAGACAUGUCCCGUAUUGCACUUCAAGCACUAAGGAUAGAAGACAAACCCAGGAUUGGGGACGCAAACUACCCCCAUGUCGUACUCCACUGCUAUGCUACUACCGCUAUAAGGCGGUCUACUGUUUCUACACUACUGCAGAGGGGCCUUAGGCCUGGAGGUGUGCUGGCUGGGUGGAUCCUCCUCAAUGAGAUGAGACAAGGUUGUAACACCCCAGGAGCUGAUCAGGAGGGCGUAUCCCAUGCCCCAGAUGCCAGAGUCAAUGGAGAGGGCAAUCAACGACCUCAUACUGGGGAUCAAGGAGCACUGGGCAACGGUCAGGGGGAACAAGGCAACUUUGAGACACUACGUACUGUUGAGGCUCCCAAAUCCAGCAUCGGAGAGGACAAGGACAAGCCCUCACCUGGUAGCGACGCAGGAGCCAAGCCAGCCAUUGUUGGCAACCAAGACAACCCAGAUGUCCGCAAUGCCACUGACCACAUUGCCAAGUGGACCAACCUUGGGCCAGACAUCGAGAUGCGGGACGCCGACAAGGGACUCAAGACCAUUGAGCCUGAACAACCUUGCAUCUCCCCAAGGAAGCUCGAACUCAAGCAAUCUUCUACGCGUCAAGGAUCUGAUCAAAACAACGGAAAGGGAGGAGAGCGAACCAACGGAGGAAAGGGAAGGAAGUGA